CUUGUUGUUGGCCGCCGGCUCGUCAAUGAUCUCCGUGUACUAGUCGAUCGGCCCGACCGGACAGCCUUGAAGGCAGUCCAUUGAGGAGAUUCCACCGGUGCGGUCGUGUCGUGCUUUCUCGCCCUUUUCGUCGUCCAAAGUCCUGUGCUCGUGGAGCCCUUCACAGCCACCGUCAAGAUGCCCGUCGAUAUCAAGCGUGUUCUGGUGUGCGAUGCGGUCGAUAAUGCGUGUGUGAAGCUGCUGCAGGACCACAACAUUCAGGUCGACUACAAACUGAAGCUGGCGAAAGAUGAGCUGAUCAAGGAGGUGAAGAACUAUGACGCACUCAUCGUACGUUCGGACACGAAAAUUACCGCCGAGGUACUGGACGCGGGCGCAGGGCGCGUGAAGGUGGUCGGAAGGGCCGGAGCCGGUGUGGACAACAUUGACAUCGAGGCCGCUACGAAGAACAACGUACUGGUGCUCAACACCCCCGGUGGCAACUCGAUUUCGGCCUGCGAACUAACGUGCUUCCUGAUCGGGGCACUGGCCCGCCCCAUCUGCCCGGCCGCCACCAGCAUGAAGGAGGGUCGCUGGGACCGCAAGCUCUACUCCGGCACGGAACUGUACGGCAAAACGCUCGCCAUCCUCGGGCUCGGCCGUAUUGGGCGCGAAGUGGCCGUGCGGAUGAACGCGUUCGGUAUGCGCGUGAUCGGUUACGAUCCCAUCACGACCCACGAGGAAGCGAAGGCGGCCGGCAUCGAGAAGCUGGAGCUGGAGCAAAUUUGGCCCCAAGCGGACUACAUCACCGUGCACACGCCGUUGAUACCGGCGACCAAAAAUCUGAUCUCAACCGGAACGCUUGCCAAAUGCCCGAAGGGUGUUCGGGUAGUCAAUGUGGCACGUGGUGGCAUUGUGGACGAGGCCGCACUGCUGACGUCGCUCGAGAGUGGCCACUGCGGGGGUGCCGCGGUUGACGUGUAUCCGGAGGAGCCACCGAAAUCGGACACCACCAAGAGGCUCAUCAAUCACCCGAAAGUGGUCGCCACUCCACACCUGGGUGCCAGCACGGCCGAGGCGCAGGUGCGCGUCGCCGUCGAGGUGGCGGAACAAUUCAUUGCGCUGACGGGCCAAUCGACCGUCUACACCCAGUACGCCGGUGUGGUUAAUCGGGAGGUUUUGAAGAAUGUCUUUUAAAUUAAAUUCGCUCACCCGAC